CGUCCUUUUUAAAUUUGUGUGAUGAAUAGUCAGAAUAACUGCAUAGGAUAGACUACAUGCUUAAAGUUACAUUACUGAAAUUGCAGGCCACAGAGUAAAAGUGAUACCCAUUUAGUCGAAAACAUGACAAAAAAGAACAUAUUGAUUGACGUUCUCAUGAUAUCAGCGGCUUAUGUUUACGGAUGCAUUAAUACGACAUCAUUCUCUUAUACAAAUCGGCGUUUUGUGUAUCGCCUUCCCUACGAUACUUAUAAACCCGUUGUACUUUCCUUCUGUGAGCUUGGAUGUACUAACGAUGCUAGCUGCUCCUACUUUACCUACACAAAUUCAACACACCAGUGUCAGCUGUACGAUCGCGAUGGGUUGUUCUACAACUGGAAUAUUUCUUGCUCCGGUUGUUUUACAGGGACAAAGAUUAAUUCAUGUGAGACACAAACCGAGGAGGCAGUUGCUCCAUCAACAACUUCUGACCUUCCCGAGUCUACAACAGAAAUAGAGACUAUGUGCUCUUGCGUUUGCAAAGAAACAAAUGACAGUGUGGAUGAUAUUCUCAAAGAGCGACUGAAGGCUUUAUCCGUGAACGUAUCCAAUCUCUCAGCCAGCAAACGAAAGCUGUCCUGUGCCGAGGACAGCAGACCUUCAGCGAGCAACAUCGGUUACUUUGGUAUCAUCUUAUUGGGAUUAGCUGGUGGAGUCUUCAUUAUGUUUGACUCUGUGAGCGUAUUUCGUAUUUUUAUUGAAAAACUAGGAAAAAUGUAAAGUUCACUAAAGGCUAUGUGAAGUAACUUUCAUUCACAUUGCGUUCUCAAUGUAUAUUAUUGUCUUUAAUUUAAAGCUGACAUGAAUUUAUUUAAGCAUUUGGACGCCAUAAUAGUUUCAAUCGCUCCUCAACUAGUAACCACUGGGGUAUAUUUACUGGUCUAGAAAAUUACUGUCGCUUGCUCUCCGAUCGAGGUAAUCAGGUUGCACGGACUUCUGAACGCAUGACCUACAUAUGUAUACAUUGUAUUUUUAAAUGUUUGUAAAAAAAAGAUCUAAAGAACUACGAUCAAUAU